GGCGGGCGGUGCCAGAUGAUGGAGUCCCUCCCCUUAUCCCGAAUCCCUGCCCAUUUCCACGCCUUUAACAACCCCCCUACCCCCCGUGUUGUAUAACAUCCGGAGGACCGCGUGGCUGCCAGCUGCCGCGCGGAACCACGCUGCUCUCGCUGCCGGCCCGGGUAGUGCUAAGGAUGCGGCGGCGGCAAGGGAAGCGAAAGGCCUCGGCCCCGGAGGAGGAUUUACGCGUGCCUCGGAGGAGGACGGAGAAAGAGGAGGAGGUGCAGGAAGCCCGGCAGAGGGCGGCCCCCUCCGUGCGAGAGUUCAAGUUCAACAAAAAGCGGGUGCGCCUCAUCUCGGAGGGCUCGGAUCUGAAGGAUGAUGGUCGGUGCAUCCUUUACUGGAUGUCCCGGGACCAGCGGCUGCAAGAUAACUGGGCUUUCCUCUAUGCCCAGCGCCUGGCCCUCAAACAGGAGUUGCCUCUGCGUGUCUGCUUCUGCCUGGUGCCCAAAUUCCUGGAGGCCACCAUCCGCCACUAUGGUUUCAUGCUAAGGGGUCUGCAAGAGGUGGCUGAGGAGUGCACAGAGCUGAACAUUGCAUUCCACUUGCUGCGGGGCUACGCCAAGGACGUGCUGCCUGCAUUCGUGCUGGAGCAUGGUGUUGGUGGGCUAGUGACGGACUUCAGCCCCCUCCGCCUCCCCAGGCAGUGGGUGCAGGACGUCAGGGAGCGGCUGCCAGAGGAUGUGCCAUUUGCACAGGUUGAUGCUCACAACAUCGUGCCCUGCUGGGUUGCCUCCCCCAAACAGGAGUACAGUGCCUAUACCAUCCGGAGAAAGAUCCAGGCUCAGCUCCCUGAGUUCCUCACGGAGUUCCCCCCUGUUGUUCGUCACCCAUAUUCCCCCUCCUGCCCAGCAGAGCCCAUUGCUUGGGAGGCCUGUUAUUCCAGCUUGGAGGUGGACCAUACAGUGAAGGAGGUGGAGUGGGCGACCCCUGGGACAGCUGCGGGGCUGGCUGUGCUGCAGUCCUUCAUCAGAAAGCGACUGAAAUACUUCGGCUCCCACCGGAAUGACCCCAACAAGGCUGCGCUCAGCAACCUGUCCCCGUGGUUCCACUUCGGCCAGGUUUCCACCCAACGAGCCAUCCUGGAAGUGCAGAAGCACCAGCACAAGUACAAGGAGUCAGUAGACGUGUUUGUGGAGGAGGCCGUGGUGCGGCGAGAGCUGGCUGAGAACUUUUGCUACUACAAUGAGAACUAUGACAGCGUGCAAGGUGCCUAUCCAUGGGCACAAACCACCCUGAAGCUCCAUGCCAAAGAUGAGAGGCCUUUUCUCUACAAGCUCCAGGAGCUGGAGCAGGGGACCACACAUGACCCGCUCUGGAACGCUGCCCAGCUCCAAAUGGUCCGGGAGGGCAAGAUGCACGGCUUCCUGCGGAUGUACUGGGCCAAGAAGAUCCUAGAAUGGACCCGCUCCCCAGAGGAGGCCCUGCAGUUCGCCAUUUACCUCAAUGACCGCUACGAGCUGGAUGGGAGAGACCCCAACGGCUAUGUAGGCUGCCUCUGGUCCAUCUGCGGCAUACAUGACCACGGCUGGACCGAGCGUGCCGUCUUCGGGAAGAUCCGCUACAUGAACUACGCUGGCUGCAAGCGCAAGUUCGACGUGGGGCAGUUCGAGCGUCGCUAUGCUCCCUGCACACUCUCCCAGUGACAGGCACAGCAGACUCCAGACUGCUUGUGCCCCUCUGCACUGGGGGCAGAUGUGCCAGUGCCAAGGUAUGGGCUCACACCUUACACCACAGCCGGGGAUCACCACAAAUGCUGUUGGAGGGCUCACUGAUGGUGGCAAGCCCCGG